AUGAGCUUCAGAAACGUCAUACCCAUCGUCGUGGCUGUAGUAGCAGGCAUCUCCAUCAGUACGCACCACUCCCAGCCAUUUGAUACCAGAGGAGAUACUCCUGGCCCAACUCGAAAGUCGCUGAUUAUAGCAGCUAACUACACAUUGAAGCCUGAGCUCGAAAGACAAGCAAAACUGCGGGAGCAAAAACAGUUCGAACUACCCAAGCCCGUCUCGUCGAGCGAACCGAAUACCUCCGAUUUGCAGACUUCGAACCAAACAAAACCCCAAGCCGGCACAGGUCCAGAGAACUCAAGGCCGAAGUCAUGA